CGCUGCCGGAAGCGGGCGCGGGGCGGUUGUUGACAACAUGGCGGCCGCGGGCGCCGCCGCGGGAGGAAGAGGCGGAGGGAGCGGCGGCGGCGGGCGGGCGCUGCAGCCUCAUUCAUAGGACCCGGCGCGCUGCCUUCCCUCCCUCCCGCCCUCCCCCGCCCCGGCGGCCGCCUCGCCCCCUCCCCGGCGCUAUGUCCUUCUUCAGGCGGAAAGGUAGGGGGGUGGCGGGCGGGCGGCCGCCGGGCUCGUCUCCCGCGCGGCUGCCGGGCCCCGGCCCUGCCCCUCCGGGCACCGCCACCGCGCCCCGCGAGGACCUCCGGGCCCUGAGGAGCGGCCUCCCCGCCAAUGACGUGAAAGGCAAAGAACAAGAAAAGACCACAGAUGUGAAAGCAAUUAAAACUCCAAUCCCAGUACAUUCCCCUCAGAGAAGCACUAGGAAUCAUGCCUUGCUGGAGGCUGCAGGACCAAGCCAUGUGGCCAUCAAUGCCAUCUCUGCCAACAUGGACUCKUUCUCCAGCAGCCGCACAGCUGCCCUCAAGAAGCAGCCAAGUCACAUGGAAGCUGCUCAUUUUGGAGACUUAGGCAGAUCGUGUCUGAAUUACCAGGCCCAAGAGACCAAAUCAAGCCUUUCCAAGACCCUGGAACAAGUCCUGCAGGACAGUGUAGCCCUCCCUUACUUCAUCCAGUUCAUGGAGCUGCGCAGGAUGGAGCACUUGGUGAAAUUUUGGUUGGAGGCCGAGAGCUUCCACUCCACGACCUGGUCACGCAUCCGCGCGCACAGCCUGAACACGGUGAAGCAGAGCUCCCUGGCAGAGCCGGUGUCCCCCUCCAAGCAGCAGGAAUUGGCYUCCUCUCCUCCUUCUGGGUGGCUGGAGGAGAGGCUGGAGGGCUCAGGCACAGCCACAGCCCSRCUGCUCCGGYCCCAGCCCRACAGAACUGCCCCCAGCCAGAACCACGUGGUGCUGCCGGGGCAGGGGAGCCACAGCACCGGGGCUCUGGCUCUGAGGAAACCAGAGACAGGGACUCAGUCUCUUCCAGAUGAUCAGCAAGAAUCUUCCAAGCUUUCGGUAUCAAAUAGAAACAGCCCCUCCUCUGCACUAAAGGACUUGUCAGGAAAACUCAUGAAAAGUAUAGAACGGGAUGCAGUUAGUACUUUUACCAAAUAUAUUUCUCCAGAUGCUGCUAAACCAAUCCCUAUUACAGAAGCAAUGAGAAAUGACAUAGUUGCAAAGAUCUGUGGCGAAGAUGGCCAAGUGGAUCCCAACUGCUUCGUUACAGCACAGUCCAUAGUAUUCAAUGCAAUGGAACAAGAGCACUUUAGUGAGUUUUUGCGAAGUCACCAUUUCUGUAAAUACCAGAUCGAGGUGCUGACCAGUGGGACUGUGUAUCUGGCUGACAUUCUGUUCUGUGAGUCAGCCCUGUUCUACUUCUCUGAGUACAUGGAGAAGGAAGAUGCAGUUAAUGUAUUGCAGUUCUGGUUGGCAGCAGAUAACUUCCAGUCUCAGCUUGCUGCCAAAGAAGGCCAGUAUGAUGGGCAAGAAGCACAGAACGAUGCCAUGAUUUUGUAUGACAAGUACUUCUCCCUGCAGGCCACGCAUCCUCUGGGGUUUGAUGACUCUGUGAGGCUGGAGAUUGAAUCCAACAUCUGCAGGGAGGGGGGGCCCCUCCCCAACUGCUUCACCACUCCCUUAAGGCAGGCAUGGACAACCAUGGAGACGGUUUUUCUACCUGGUUUCUUGUCCAGCAACCUUUACUACAAAUACUUGAAUGACCUCAUCCAUUCAGUACGAGGAGAUGAAUUCCCUGGAGGGAAUGUUGCACUGAGUAUUCAUGGCCCUGGUAGCUCUCCUGACACUGAUUCCAUAGGGAGCACAGAUGGCUCUGCCUCCCAGUCCAAUGUCAAAAAGGCUAAUGUUAAAAUCCUGAAAAAUUUUGAUGAAGCAAUAAUUGUAGAUGCUGCAAGUCUGGAUCCAGAGUCUUUGUAUCAACGAACAUAUGCAGGGAAGAUGACAUUUGGAAGAGUCAGUGACCUGGGGCAGUUCAUCAGAGAAUCUGAACCGGAGCCUGAUGUCAAAAAAUCAAAAGGGUCCAUGUUUUCACAAGCAAUGAAGAAAUGGGUUCAAGGAAACACAGAUGAGGCUCAAGAAGAGAUGGCUUGGAGGAUAGCAAAGAUGAUCGUCAACGACGUCAUGCAGCAGGCGCAGUGUGAGCAGCCUUUGGAGAAGGUCACCAAGCUAUGACUUUAGCAACUCCAGGACAGGAAAUCUGGUUUUCCACUUUGAGAAUGAGUGAACUUUCCCUAUUGGUGGAUUCUUUAACACAGCCAAUGAAAACAAAGCACUGUUACUCCAGCUGCUGGRAUCUCCCUCAUUUCUAAGGAAGAAUGAAAAAGAAGCAAUCCUGGACCUCCACUGUAGAGAGUGAAGAAACACUUUUUCCUGUUGUAUGUGGCAUUCACAGUAACGAUGGUUCUGAGAUGAAGAUGCAGUUUACAAAUGUGUCACUGAGAAACUGCGAUCGGCUGCACAAAUACUUGACCCUGUCUCAAAAAAUAGACUUUCAAGCAAAAUAUCUGGAAUGGGACACAGAGGCCACAACAGAGGAGAAGGUUUUUGCUGUAGUUUCUAGUUCUACUACUUGUAAUUUUUAAACACAGAAUUGGAAGGGCCGUGGGGCACAUCCUAGAAGGGUGAAUCCAUUGGCAGUGAAUGACCUGGAAAGUUCGAAGUUUAAUUUUCCGUUACUUGAAAUAGAUGAGUAUUCAACUGUAAGAUAAAUGUAUUUUACUUCAUAACUGCAUUAACUUUGAAGGCAGUGUAGAAGGGUCAGGAACUCCUCCUUGUUGAGCUCCUACACCUGCACACACACACAAACACACACACACACACACACACCUCCCCUGCUUCCACCACAGAGCAGAUCCGAGGCUGAUCCUGCAGCACCUCUGCUCUCAGAGCCACCUUCAGAGCAGGUUGGACCCUGCAGACUGCCCCACUUCCUCUCCUCAGCAUCCCUUGAGCAAGGAAAGAAGUAAUUGCUGCCAUUCUCCAUCRCUUGUUGUCCUCCACCCAACAUAGUAUCUAAUUCCAGAUGUUUGGUUUACAAARAAAAGCAAUUUUUAAUGACCUCUGGCCUUCUUCCUGACACUGUCAACACUUACCAUGUUACACAGCACCUCUUUUUUUUCCCCAGCAAAUUGAUUUUGCAGGGUAGCAGAAGUACUCAGUGUCUCACCGUUACAUUACUACUACAUUUUUAGUAUACCACACUUCUAUUUUGGGUUUUUUUUUUACUUUAAUGAUUGCUUUUUUCCUCAAACUUGUGCAAAGUAAUCACUAUGCGAAGAAUUCAAAUCAUUUCCAAUGUUCAGAAUAUCUUGAUUGACUAGAAAGUGUUAUUCUGUUGCAAUAUUCGAUUGUAUAGAGACACACUGUAUUGUUAAUGAAAAAGCAAAAAAAGGCUGUGUAUAGGUUUUUGGUACUAUGUACCACCUCUUAUUUCUCUCAUACCCAAACAUUCAUGUACUUAAAACAUACUAUAUUUAAUUGUGUUUUGAUUUAAAAU